AUGGGGCAGUUUAUUCGCGACAAGGAAUGGGAUGACACCCAAGACGAGCCAUGUUUCUUCCCUGUGUUGAACACAGGGUGCAGCAAUCGAAGACCCGACAUCUUGGCCUUUUUGCCAAUAGCUUUGAGCACGUCUCGAGGAAGUGUCGCAGACUUCUGCAGUGCCCACGGUGUCGAGCCGUCGCGCAUCUUACAGGCGACAUGGGCGAUUCUACUACAAUCUUACACCGGGUCUGGCCGACCUGUGUUUGCUUACAAUGAUUUUCAGACACAAUCACAGUACAAAAAACUCGGCGCGACAUGUGUAGCGGACUUGGCACAGGAUCGUCACGUUCUGGAGUUCCUACAGAACAAGGUUGAGGUUGUCCAUCCGGACGCACAGGCACCCCAAAGACAGUGGUUCGAUACAGCCCUCGAGUACGACAGCAACGGAUACGAUGAGGUAGAAAAACACAAAGAUUUCAGUAUUUUGCUCCGGUGCAAUUCAGAUUCGGAGGCAACUCUCCAUUAUAAGACCGCCACUCUCUCAGAAGAGCAAGCCUCGCUCAUCGCAGACGUUGUCGUCCACAUCACGACUGAGCUCACCCGCGUGUCUCAUCUGCAAUCUAUCAACUUGUGCUCCCCCCAAAGCUUUCAAACAUUGAGCCAGUGGAAUAGUACAGCCCCCGAAAAGGUCAAUCGCCGUAUCCAUGACCCUAUCCUCGAACACUGCCAAAGUCAGCCCCAAACGCUAGCCAUCAGGGCUUGGGAUGGAGAUCUGACCUAUGGAGAAGUCGGAAAAUUGUCCAACGCGAUAGCUCAUCAAUUGGUGGAGCGCGGAGUAGGGCCCGACAUGUUUGUUGGGCUGUACUUUGAGAAGUCAAAGUGGACAGCCGUUGCGCUUCUAUCGGUCUUGAGGGCUGGAGGCGCGUACGUCUUCCUGGACUGUUCGUUUCCUUCAGGUCGUCUGCAAGAGAUGUGCAGGCAAGUCGGCAUCAGUCAUGUUCUUUCUGUCCGUCGCCUCUUCAAUCAAGCUGCUGCUGCCUUGCAACAAACAAUCAUCGCUGUCGACGACAAUUUCCCGCAACCUCCCGCCGAGAUCUCCCUGGCUGAGCCACACAACAUCGCUUACGCAGUCUUCACGUCCGGCUCGACGGGAAAACCAAAGGGAGCGCUCGUCACUCACAUAUCGUACUCCUCUAGCCAGAAGCCGUUGGCCAAGUUUGUUGGUCUGGACUCCCACAGUCGUCUCUUCCAAUUCUCAUCAUAUGCAUUCGACAUGAUCAAUUACGAGCUCCUGUCACCCCUCAUGGUGGGCGCCUGCUCCUGCGUGCCGUCAGAGACGCAGCGCAGAUCCAGAAUCCCAGAAACCGUCAGGGAGAUGCAGGUGAACCAGCUGAGCCUGACACCCACAGUCGCUCGGCUGCUCAACCCAUCCGACUUUCCGUCUGUGGAGACGUUUAUCAUUAUUGGCGAACCGCCUUCACUUGAUGUAAUCUCGGCUUGGGCCAAGCAGACCCGACUGAUCAACGGAUACGGGCCAGCAGAGUGUAGUGUGUUUACGGCAGCACACCACAUCAGGCCAGGGGAUAGCCAUCCGACUAUCAUCGGCGCCGGCAUAGGCGCUCACUGCUGGAUCACCGACCCUUCUGAUCCCCAAAGGUUGGUUCCCGUCGGCGGCAUUGGGGAGCUUCUGGUCGAGGGGCCCAUCGUGGGAAGAGGUUACGUUGACGACCCUUUGAAGACGGAGCAAACACACAUUGAAAGCCCGCCUUGGCGUGAUGCGUUCCCAGGCGUCCCCGAGGGCAAGAUGUAUCGCACGGGCGAUUUGGUUCAGUUUGUUUCUGGCUCUGAGAUUCGCUACCUAGGCCGCAUUGAUUCUCAAGUGAAACUGCGCGGCCAACGCCUGGAGAUGGGCGAGAUAGAGCAAAACGUCAGGGAUGUCUUCUCAGACGACAUACAAGUCAUUGCAGAGUUGGUGACGCCGUCAGACAACUCCGACAGAGCGCCCAUUCUUGUUGCCUUUGUGCAGGAUUCGUGCCCGGAGCCUGCAGCGCAGAAUGUCUUUGCCCAACCGAGCGCCGAGUUCCGGCAGCGAGCCCAGGAUGCAUUGUCCAAGCUGGAAUCGCGGCUGCCGGGAUUCAUGAUCCCGUCUGUUAUGGUCAGAUUAUCAUGUAUACCGACGUCAGCUACGGGCAAAGCAGACCGCAAACGACUGCGACGGGAAGCGUCACUGUUGACAAGGCAAGAGCUUGAAGCCUUCACGAGGGAAGCUGUGAAACAAAAGCCCCCAGAGUCACAGGUAGAGCAUGCUCUGUAUGAAAUGGUUCAAAAGGUCUUGGGUAUUGAUGACUUUGGCAUGAAUGAUGACUUCUUUCAUCUUGGCGGAGACUCUGUGUUAGCCAUGAAGUUGACAACAUUGGCGAGGGAGGCGGGAUUCAACUUGGCUGCUCAGCAUAUCUUCAAGACGCCCGUGCUUGGAGAUUUGGCACUGUCUUUGGAAAUGAAAUUACCCCAGCUUGAGCACAGAGUACAGCCGUUUUCAUUGCUUGGCGAUCAAGUGGACAGUAUCAGGCGCGUGGCUCAGGAGGUGUGCGGAUUAUCGACCCCUGACGAGAUCGAAGACAUCUACCCCUGCACGCCCCUACAGGAGGAGAUGAUGGCCGCUUCUCUGAAAGGCAAGGGAGAUGCAACUUAUGUCAUACGGACCGUGUAUCGCCUCCCACGCGCCAUCGACACGGACAGACUACGACGCGCAUGGGACGAGGUCAUCCUGGCCAAUGCCAUUCUCCGGACACGAAUCAUCCAGACCAACCUGGAACAGACACUCCAAGUUGUCGUUGAAGGUGGGCUGAAGUGGCAGCGUGGCCAAUUCCUCGAGCGUAGCGUCGCGCUGGACGCGCAGCAACAGAUGCGGCUUGGACAGCCUUUACUGAGGCUGACUUUGGUUGAACACCACCUUAUCUUCACGAUUCACCACGCCUUGUGUGAUGGAUGGUCUCUAUCACGAACACUGUCCCAGGUUGAGGCCGCCUAUUAUGGGGAAAGCCAAUCGUCCAAGCCAUUCAACAUCUUCGUGGAUCACCUGUGCAAAUCUGAUCACAGCAAAUCAAAGGAGUUCUGGGCAAACCAGCUAGAUGGAUUCUCAGGGGCGCAUUUCCCCAACAGACCUUCUGGUGACUACCACUACCAGCCAAACAACAUCCAGAGAAUUGAUCGCCUCAUUCACCCAAAGGUUACGCAAGGAUCAGGCACGACUCUAGGGACAGCCCUGGGGCUCGCGUGGGCUCUAGUCGUUUCGCAAUACUCUGGCUCCGACGACGUGGUGUUUGGUUCAACCGUGGCUGGCCGAAGCGUGCCUAUCAGUGGGAUCGAUGAGAUUCUGGGACCUACUUUUGCGACCAUUCCCCUGCGCGUCAAGAUCGACUACGGCAUGACGGCACAAGAGAUGCUCCGGAGGCUACACAAGCAGACUGCCCAAUCUAUAGGCUUCGAAAACAUUGGCCUGAGAGCAAUCAAGUCACUCGGACCCGAAGCUGCAGCUGCUUGUCAGUUCCAAAGUUUGCUGAUCAUUCAGCCCUGGGACACUGACGAGCCGUCCACUAUGUUUGGCAGCGUCGUUGAGAGUCUUUCGGCCGAGGUCGUUGACAGCUACAUCAUCACUAUGGAGGCGAGGCUUGGCAAAGAUGGCUCCGUCAAAGUCGUGGCUGAAUAUGACAGUGAUGCCAUUCCAGAGCAGUUCAUGGCUAGAAUCAUGGGUCAGUUCAUCCAUAAUCUAUCUGAGAUUACCUCUAGGGGAGACAGCCCGCUGGGCCACAUGACAACUGCUAGCACGCAAGACCUCGAGCUUAUCAAAAUGUGGAACAGCGCAGUUCCAAAAGCUCACAACUGUUGUGUCCACGACGUUAUUGACCGACAUGCCGUUGGACAUGCCCAGCAGCAGGCUGUUGUAGCGUGGGACGGUAGUCUGACUUAUGCGGAGCUCAAGACAUACUCAGAGACAUUGGCUGGGGAUAUUCAAGGUCUGGGCAUUGGUCUGGGCGAGUACGUCGCUAUCUUUGUGGGCAAGUCUCGCUGGACUGUCGUUGCAAUGAUGGCGACAAUGAAAGCCGGCGCGUCAUUCAUUCUGCUUGACCCAGCCAACCCCAUCCAUCGGCUGCGGCAGAUUUGUGAUGAUACGAAUGCAAGCCUGGUCCUGACGUCUACCCAGCAUCUAUCAAACGCCAACGCAUUGGAACUCCGGGUUCUGAAAAUCGAUGAUACACAGAGGACACCCUCCAGCUGUCAUUGGGUCGAGGCUGAUGCCACCCCAGACAAUAUCCUCUACGCUGUCUUCACAUCUGGCUCGACCGGGCGACCCAAAGGUGUGCUCAUAUCUCACAGCGCAUUUCUCACAAGCGCAGUCAUCAAUGGAGGGAAGCAACACGUGAACAGUCAAUCCCGUGUCUUGCAGUUGGCUUCCUUCACCUUUGACGCAUCAAUCGCGGAGAUAUUAUAUCCCCUCGCUCACGGGGGCUGUGUCUGCAUUCCCUCAGCAGAUCAAUGUCGAAACAACUUGGAAAAGGCCAUGUGCGACUACAACAUAACCUGGGCAACUCUGACGCCGUCAUUGGCCAGGGCCCUUACGCCAUCCAAGCUGACAACCCUCAAAACGUUGGCUUUGGGUGGCGAGGCCAUGACCAAACUGGACAUUGAUAUGUGGGCGAGCCGUCUUCAACUUGUGAAUGGCUACGGGCCGGCUGAGAGCUCGGUUGACGCUCUUAUCCAGCCAGACAUUUCUCCACAAUCCAACGCAGGAAAUAUUGGUCGCAGCUAUGCCGGUGCAGCGUGGAUAGUAGACCCGAAUGAUCACACGUUGCUGGUACCAGUUGGGGCCAUUGGUGAGCUCGUCCUCGAAGGACCGACGCUGGCUCAGGGGUAUCUCAACGACCCAGUCAAGACCAGCGCGGCAUUUGUGGAUUAUCCACCCUGGCUUCUGGAGUUGCGACAUGGAAAGUCCGGGAAACUCUACAAGACGGGAGACUUGGCGAUGUACAGCCCGAAAUGCGACGGGUCGAUUCGAUACGUUGGCCGCAAGGACCUCCAAGUCAAGCUCCGCGGCCAGAGGAUCGAACUUGGCGAGGUUGAGCACCAUCUGCGGGAGUGUCUCGAAGGGGCCAAAGAGGUGAUUGUCGAGAUUGGCACAACUAGCGAUGCUGGUGCGGAACCUAUUCUCGCAGCGUUUGUCAUGUUCCAAAGCGAGUUGUCGGCGAAGAAGCAACCCCUGGUGUCUUUACCUGACGCCGCGACAUUGGGCCUGUUCAACUCGGCCGUCGCCGCGCUAGAAACUCGAAUACCGAGCUACAUGAUACCCAGCCUAUUUCUUGUCUUGAGUCGGGCUCCUCUCUCGUCUACUGGAAAGGUGGAUCGACGAUUGCUGCGAGAGGAGCUUUCCAGGCAGUCUCGGGCAAGCCUCAGCUCGUCGGUCAAGCGCGCACCUCGUUCGCCAGAAGAGAAAGUCGUACAAAUGACAAUGUCUAGUUUGCUCAAGGUGUCGCCUUGCGAAAUCGGCUUCGAAGACAACUUUUUCCACAGAGGCGGGGACUCUCUCAUGGCCAUGAGACUGGUAGGACGAGUGCGUGACGAUGGGUUCGCACUCACUGUGGCCGACAUAUUUGCCCGGCCCCGUCUGUCAGAUCUAGCUCUCGUGUUGUCCAAAGACGAUUUGGGGGCCAAUUCAGUCGAGGCGUUUUCUUUGAUUGCCGGAAACAUGAGAGAUAUCGUCGUUGACACUGCCGCUGAGCAGUGUGGCACGGACAGAUCUUCCGUUGAGGACGUUUACCCCUGCACACCAAUGCAAGAAGCACUAUUCUCUUCCAGCAUGAAGAUGACGAGCUCAUAUGUGGCUCACUUGGUGUUCUCACUGGAUCACGACAUCGACAUUGAUCGCCUGCGGGCUGCAUGGGGCAGCGUGUAUAGCGCAAACUCGAUUCUCCGGACACGCUUCCUUCGAGGCCCUGGCAAUGAGCUUCUACAGGCAGUUCUCAGCAGCCAUAUUGACUCGUCACCAGAUCUAGAGCCACUCAUUGUAGACUAUGGAAAGCCUCUCCUCAAGAUGCACUGCUCUGACAGCCACAUGCACCUGUGGAUCCACCAUUGCCUCUACGAUGCGGUCACUCUAUCGACAGUUCUCGGACAGUUGAAAGCGUCUUACCGCGGACAAGAGAUCCCUGCCAGUUUCUACAGAAAUUUCAUUGCUUAUACUGCUGCGCAGGACAUGGAUGCCAGCAGCGAGUUUUGGCAGGAAGAGUUCAGGAACAUGGAUGCUGCUGUAUACCCCCCUCGGCGAUCAGAGCGGAGCUCAAAUCUGGAGCCCGCCAUGAUGAGGACACUUUCACGAACAUUCAGUGUUCCUGCCAUCAAAGACUCCAUGUUCACUCUGCCAACCAUGCUCAACCUCGCCUCUGCGUUGGUCUUUGGACAUUACGCCGCAUCCGAGGAUGUGGCGUAUGGGCUCACUCUUGCAGGCAGGAAUGCUCCCAUGAAGGGGAUCGAGCAAGUCGUGGGACCGACGAUGACUACGAUCCCAUUUCGUGUUCAACUGUUGCCGCACGGAUCCAUCGCAGACAACUUGUCGGCUGUACAGGGCCACCUUCUACAGCUGGUUCCACAUGAGCAGAUGGGCCUCCAGAACAUACGACUACUGAACGAUGAAGCGGCGGCUUCGUGCGAUUUUCAAUGCCAUCUGGUGAUACAGACAGCAGAAGAUGGAGAGGAGGAUGACAGCUCCGUCUUCAAAGAGGUGCGGUUCGAUGAAGACAACUCCAACUUUGCCAGCUAUCCUUUGGUUCUAGUAUUCACGCCAUCUGCCGACAAGACAACGCUACAGCUCAAUGCCAGCUACGACACCUCGUACCUUGAUGAAGACGAAAUAGCAAGGCUCUUCAGUCAGUUGCACCAUGUUUUGGAGCAAAUCUCAAAGGACCAGGAAGCGGCUCUGGCGAGAAUUAAGGUUGCGAGUCCGUCAGAUCUGGAGCUCAUCUACAAGCUCAACAGUGCGGUACCCGGGUCAGUUGAUGCCUUGGUACAUGAGCUGGUCUUUGAGAAUUGCAAGCUGCAACCAGAGCGCCCUGCUGUAAGCUCAUGGGACGGGUGUCUUACGUACGGGCAACUGUAUGACUACAGCUCUCGACUCAGCGCGCACUUUAUGGCUUUGGGGAUUGGGACACAGCCAUACACCGUCAUUUGCACCGGAAAGUCGUGUUGGACAAUCGUUGUCAUCUUGGCCGUUUUGCACGCAGGCUCGGCGUGCGCGAUGAUCGAUCCAUCUCACCCCAAGGCGAGGAUGCAACAGAUUCUUGACCAGACGGCAGCGAAGUUCCUCAUUGUGUCCCCCGAAACACAGAAACUGGUCCUUCCGAAUUCGUCUAGCGAAAUCCAUGUCGUGUCCGAGGAGUUGGUGACCAGCCUUCCGACACAGCUACCGAAGCAUGUACCGCGGCAGCAAACGCCUUCCGACCCCUGCAUUGUCUUCUUCACGUCGGGAAGUACAGGCCAGCCGAAAGGGGCGGUCCUCGAACAUAGGAGUAUUGCAACGAGCUUGCACUACCUUCAGGGUAUCCUCAACGUCCAUGACGAGUCGCGCGUGCUCCAUUUUGCAUCAUAUGCAUUUGACAUCUCAAUGUGGGAGAUUUUCAUUGCCCUCACAACAGGGGGCUGCCUCUGUAUUCCAUCGGAGACGGAGCGCAAUGAAGUAGACAAGUUUAUCCGAAAGGAAAAUGUCACUUUUGCGAGUCUUGCGGCAUCUGGGGCUCGUCUACUUCAGCAUCCCUCCCAUGUCCCCAGUCUCGAAGCUCUUACGUUGGGCGGCGAGCCACUGAGCCCAGACGACAUUGAGUGUUGGGCGGGCAGCCUGAGAUUAUUUAACAUGUACGGGCCUGCCGAGUGUUCGUUCAUGUGUGCGGGCGGCCAGAUGCCUGCGAAGGGGUGGAUUCCAGGGACGAUAGGCCCAAUGCUGAACGCCAUCGGCUGGAUCACGGAACCGACCGAUCCGAGCAAACUCGCUGCUUGGGGAGCUGUAGGCGAGCUUCUGGUGGAGGGCGACAUUAUUGCCAGAGAAUACCUUGGUGGCCCGGAGAAAACAGCAGCCAGCUUGAUACACGAUCCCCCGUGGCUUGCGCGGCUGGGGCGCCAGGGACGCAUGUACCGAACAGGGGAUCUUGUCCAGUAUACGCGCAAUGGGCACCUUCGGUACGUAGGUCGCAGAGACAGACAAGUGAAGCUUCGCGGUCAGAGAAUCGAGCUGGCUGAGGUGGAAAGCCAUCUCAAGGCCAGCGGCCCCCCUGAGGCAGUUAUGAUUGUGGAAAUCGUGGCCCAGAAGCUGUGUGCUUUCGCUUGCCUCAGUCCCACCACACAGGAUCACGACUACGACACACUAUUCGAGACGUCGAGAGGUGUCGAGGCUUUUGCUCACUUCUGUCAAGAAGCCAAGUCCAAGUUGGCCUCGUCGCUCCCGCGCUACAUGGUUCCAGAGACUUUCAUUCAACUGAAACAUGUUCCCCUAACCGCGUCUGAGAAGAUCGACAGACGUCGACUGGUCGAAAUGGCGACGGCUGCUGGCCUCGACAAGUUGUCGGUCGAAUUUCAAGCGGAAUCUUGCCCUCUGUCCACAGAAGCAGAAAUGGCAAUGGCUCGUCUUUGGGCAGACACGAUUGGCCUGUCAAUGGACAAGAUCAGCGCAAACGACAACUUCUUCCACGUGGGCGGAGAUUCAAUCACAGCCAUGAAGCUUGCGGCCGCUGCACGCAAACGUGGAAUGAAUUUGACAGUUCACAGCAUCUUCACAAACCCAUGUUUGUCAGACAUGGCGCUCCUGGGGACCGAGGAACGUGGAAGCAGUACCGAGCCUGUGAGCGUUGAUCCGUUUGCAUUGUUGGAUCAAGCCACGCUGGCAGAGCGCAUAGCCUCAGCGGCAGACCAAUGUUCAAUCCAAGUUGAUCAAGUCGAGGACAUGUAUCCGUGCUCUCCACUGCAGGAAGCCCUCGUCUCGCAGUCGAUGCAAAGACCCGGUGCCUACGUGGGAUCAUUUGGAUUCACACUCCCACCGACAGUCGACAUUGCUCGGUUCCAACCAGCAUGGAUUGACGUGGCAGAGAAGAAUCCCAUCUUGCGUACGACAGUUGUGCAGGUUGACUCCUCUCUGUUUCAAGUCGUCGUUCGAGACAAGCUGACUUGGACUGUUUCGGACUCACUAGGGGAGUGUGCGUCCUCGCUACAAGAGAAGGAGUUCCAGCUCGGCAUGCCUCUCGUUCAGCUCAUGAUCAGCGACAAAACGAGUCUUCCGGAGUUCUUCUUCGUUGUCCACCAUGUUCUCUAUGAUGGCUUUUCUUUGAACUUGAUCUUUCGCCAGGUCUCGCAAGCAUAUGAUUCCCAAUCGUUGAGAUCACGCCCGUUUAGCAACUUCAUCAGCCACAUUAACCAGUCACCUGCCCUCAGUAAGCAGUACUGGAUGGAAAGACUGGACGGCUGCAAUGGCAUACGGUUUCCGUCUUUGCCAUCAUUGGAAUACUCACCUUACACCGACUCGACAGCCAGUGCAACGUCUAGGCUGAAGCCAUUAAAAGGUGUGACGAGCGCUACUAUACUGCAACUGGCAUGGGCUAGUUCUGUCUCCACGUACACUGACUCCAAAGACGUGGUGUAUGGACUCGUUCUCUCAGGCAGGAAUGCCGACCUGGCCGGCAUUGAAAGCAUCUCAGGGCCAACCAUCACCACUGUGCCCAUGCGGAUCUCUCUUGAAGACAAGGAUGAGUCUAUAAAGGAGCUGCUCCACAAAAUUCAAGAGGAGACAGCUCGCAUGACGCCCUUUGAGCAGUUUGGGCUGAGAAACAUCAAGCAGCUUGGGGGAGACUCGGAAGCAGCUUGUAACUUCCAAAACCUACUUCUUAUCCAGCCCGCCACCGAGAUCGAAGACUCGACAGAAGGGCUUUGGGCCGCGCCGAUACAGCAAGCAGACCGCAACGCAGGGAGGUUUAGCGCGUAUGCUCUGGAAGUAACUUGCGAGCUAUCCCGUGGCACGGUCAAAAUCACUUUUGACUUUGAUCAGAAGGUCAUCCAGCCAAUACAAGCCGAGCGAAUGCUCAGUCACUUCUCACACCUAGUUGAGGAGAUACAAGACCGCAUCGAAGCCCCGACGUCGCAACUCAACAUGCUGGAAUCUUCUCCGUGCUCGGAAAUUAUGCAAUGGAACGAGACGCUCCCAGAGGCAGUCAGUCGUUGUAUUCAUGACGGCAUCAGAGAGACGUGUGAGAAGACCCCUGGCGCUGCCGCCGUUUGCGCUUGGGAUGGCGAGUUUACAUACGGCGAGCUGGACGAAUUGUCAUCUCGCUUCGCCGCGCAUCUGCAGGCUCACCAUGGAAUCGGUCCCGAAGUCUAUGUUCCUAUCCUGGCCGAGAAGUCUCGAUGGGUAGCCAUUGCCAUUGUCGGUGUCAUCAGGGCUGGCGGCGCUAUUGUCUUGCUUGACCCCUUACUGCCGUUCGAGCGUCUACAAACCAUUUGCCAAGCAGUGGAUGCCAAGUUGAUUGUGGCUAGCGAAUCCUGCCGUGCCACUGCCCAGCAGCUGGCACCAGUGACAGUAGAUAUGGCGCACACUUUCGAACCGAGCGCCGGAGUCGUGGAUCCACAGGUGGUUCCAGGCAAUGCCCUGUACAUCAUCUUCACAUCUGGGUCCACGGGAAAACCAAAGGGUAUCGUCAUUGAGCAUGAAGCGUUCUACACGAGUGGCUUCCAUCAGCAAAAGCCGCUCUACAUUGAUGCGGAGACGAGAACACUCCAAUUCGCGUCUCACGCGUUCGACGUCAGCGUUGCUGACUAUCUAUGGACGUUUCUCGCCGGAGGCUGCGUCUGCGUGCCUUCUCAGAACAGCCUGAAAGACGAUCAUCUGGGCGUCUUCAAUUCUCUGCGGGUGAACCGCGCUGAUCUCACGCCCUCCGUUGCACGAGUUCUCCGCCCCGAGUCCAUUCCGACUGUCAAGACCUUGCUCCUUGGUGGCGAGCCCCUUUCGCAGGCUGAUGUACAGGUUUGGUCCGGGAGAGUCAGACUUGUCAAUGGCUACGGACCAUCCGAGGCAUCUGUAUGCUGCGUGUUAGCCGAUGUAUAUCCCGAAACAGAUGCUUCGAACAUUGGGCAAGCAUACGGUAUUUUGCCCUGGAUCGUGGACAAAGAUGAUCAUGAAAGGCUACUCCCAAUAGGGGCCAUUGGCGAGCUUGUGCUUGAGGGCCAUUCGCUAGCCAGGGGCUAUCUUGGAGACUCUGGCCAGACUUCGGCGUCGUUCAUCAGCUCGCCCAAGUGGCUGCGCGAGAAGAGACCGCAUUCCCGCUUGUACAAGACUGGGGACCUCGCGCAGUAUAAUUCCAACGGCACCAUCAGGUAUAUUGGUAGAAAAGACACGCAGGUCAAAAUUCGUGGGCAACGCGUGGAGCUCGGCGAAAUCGAGCAUCAGCUACGCCAAGCAAGUCCAUCUGUUCGAGACACUGUUGCCGAGUUGAUCACGAGGAACAACAGCACCAUCUUGGCAGCUUUCGUCUUGGAGAGGGAGCAGGAUGUUGGCGAUGAUGAACCAUUCCAUUCUCCUCCCAGUCAUGAGAAUCGGCGCUCGAGUCAAUGUGUUGUGUCAAAGCUACAAGGACGACUGCCACCCUACAUGGUACCGUCUGUCUUUAUACCCCUGAAGAAGCUCCCCCUGUCUCCCAGUGCCAAGGUUGACCGACGCCGGCUUCGUGAGCUGGCCAGCUCUCUAUCAAAGGAAGAAUGGGAAGGAUAUCAAACCCGGCAUGUCACCAAGCGCCCGCCCCAAACAACUCCCGAGAGGCUUCUUCAAGAGGUGGUUUCCGAAGUUCUGCGUCUGCCGUGCGACGAUGUUGGCAUGGAUGAUGAUUUCUUCCGUCUGGGCGGUGACUCCAUCAUUGCGCUGCACUUUGUCGAGCGAGCGCGGGCAUCGGGCUUUGCUUUCCGUGUCAGCACUGUCUUCAAAACACCAAAGCUUGCUGACCUUGCGCUGAUGAGGCAACAAGAAGAUCCUAUUGAUGCUAGGAUCCCCCCCCAAGUUCCCAAUACCAACGGCGGGGACCAUCCCAUGAUGACAAAUGGACACUCUUCACCUCCAAGGCCGAAUGAUGGACGAAAGAAACAUCUUGGUACAUCUGAUUCCAUCGUAGACACUCUCCCUGUCAGUCAAGCCACGGAGCGCUUUCUUCUUGUUACCCCUGAGUACUGGAUUCUCAAUCUACAGGGUCCCGUGGAUCGCGUUCAGCUCCAGUCUGCCUGUACGCGUCUUGUGCAACGACACAGGAUUCUGCAAAGUAUUUUCGUGAGGAGCCCGCAAUAUCUACAGUUGGCGCUCCGCGAAAUAGACACUACUAUUGAGUCCUAUCAAACCGCUUCCGAGGUCCUCGACUUCGUGGAGCAGUACCGGCUGAGCGACGACAUUGCCGUACCAACUCUGGGCGUGCCGAUCACCAAGUUCCUAUUCGUGGAGAAUAAAGAGGGCUGCCAGGCACUGGUCGUCCGUCUGAGUCAUGCUCAGUUUGAUGGGUAUUGCCUGCACACCCUAUGGAAGGAUCUGAAGAGCUUGUACGAGGGAGAGGUGCUUCCAGAGGCUGCGGACUACUCAUCACACAUGGAGUUGUGGGCUGCAAGCAAAACACCGGAAGCGUUUUCUUUUUGGAGAAAUACCUUGCAAGGCUCUGAAGUGACCAGAAUCACCAAUAAGCUCGUCAUUGGUAGGGAGCCAGGCGACAACGAGACGGGGUUUGUCACCACCAGUCGCCGGAUUCACAUAGGGGUAGAUCCACGCGAGGUCACCAUGGCCACUCUGGUCAAAACAGCAUGGGCAAUGGUUCUUGGACAGCUGACAGGCCACAACGAUGUUGUCUUUGCACAGGCAAUCAAUGGCCGCGGCAACACACCGCCAGGCGUCGUCGGCCUGUGUCUCAACUUUGCCCCUGUCCGAGUGAAGUUGGAUUCUACACAAACCCCACUCCGACAGAUGCAGCUUGUUCAACGCCAGCACCACGAAAUUCUCGACUACGAGUUACUGGAUUUCCGAGAUAUUGUCAGACAAUCGACCGGCUGGCCUACGGACACUCUUCAUCAGAGCCUCCUUGUUCACCAAAACAUUGAUCCAGACUUACCGUUCUCCUUUGGAGAUGCCGAAGCUCAGGUGACCUGUUGCUAUCACUGGGGAAAGCCACCUGAUGACAUUCUGGUUGAAUCGCGACCGCUCGGGGAUGGCGACCUACAACUGACACUGGACACGACGGCCAGCAUCCUGACACAGGAGAGUGCUGAUAUGGUUCUUGAAAGGUUCUGCCAAACAGUCGUCUCACUUGGAGAAUAUUUGAAAAGCGUGGAAUAGUGUGGCCUAGUCCAGAAAUCCUGUCCCUGCAGGCGGCCGACACUAGUUACCGCACUGAUGGUUCAUAUCCCAACAAGCCACGUAUCCUAUCUCAACUGUAUGAUAAGAUUGCGUCUCUUACUUAGAAAAUCCAUGGAUUAACAUGGAUUAAAUUUA